UGAUGCAGCAUCUGCCUUCUCUGCUUUCACAGCCUUUGAGCUAAUGUUGGCUCCUCGGUGACACUGUGCCCACCAUGAAAAGUGAUGGAACAGCCGGAAAUGGACACGAGUGUGACUUUUUGGACGACAGGCGAGUGUUCAUCAUGGAUAUGUAUAAUCGCUACAUUUAUCCUGGAGACGAAUAUGCCAAAAGAGCAAUAAAAAGGAAGGUAGAGCUGGACUGGGGCACUGAAGACUCAGAGUACCUUCAGAAGGUUGAGCUCCACAUGGAGGGAACACUGAAUGAGGUCUUGCCUGAUAUCAUCAUUUAUAAUGCAGGGACAGACAUCUUGGAUGGGGACCCACUUGGAGGACUCUCAAUAUCACCACAGGGCAUUAUAAAGAGAGAUGAGCUCGUGUUCAGGGCUGCGAAGCGUCGGGGGAUCCCCGUACUCAUGAUGACAUCUGGAGGAUAUCAGAAGAAAACAGCCCACAUAAUCGCCGACUCCAUCCUCAACCUGCACCGGCAAGGUCUAAUAGAAGGCAAUGCCGCGGAAGGAGAGGGAUCGACACCGCUGACGACCCACAUGACGUCCACCUCUGGAUCGGCGGGGUCAACAUCCACAGCUGUCUGA